AUUUUGAACGACUCGUUCAUGACCUGCACAUCUCUCGAGAACGUGCAGCGACAAGUUUCUCCUCGAUUAGCAACCGAUUCCACGACGUAAACACAAUAUUUCAACAGACAUAGUUUGUAAUGGAAAAUCAACACGUUACCAGGAGGACUGCAUCGCUGUCGCCGUUUUCCGAAUAUUAAAUAGACGGCUUCCACGUAAGAGCAACGCCAUUCGUGCUGUCCUCUGCUCUGCUAAAUGCUAGUUGAAGUAUUAAAGGAAGUCUCCAGCCAAACAGCAGGAUUGCACUGUGGACCUUCGACGUUAACAUUUAAAGUGAAAGUACACAAAACAAGUUGGCAACUUGGCACGCACACAAUGUGCAGGCAGACAUGGGUAAUGGCAUCAAUAAGGUUCUUCCAGAUCUGUAUCUUGGAAAUAUCAAAGAUGCCCGUGACAAGGAUCUGCUGACGCAGCACAAUAUCACCCACAUCCUGUCCAUCCACGAUACAGCUGCACCUGUCUUAGAGGGCAUAACAUAUCUUUGUAUAUCUGCAGCUGAUCACAAGAAGCAAAAUCUGAUCCAGUACUUCAAAGACAGCAUCGUGUUCAUUCAUAAAUCCAGGGCGAAAGGAGAGGGCUGCCUUGUCCACUGUGUGGCAGGGGUGUCUCGUAGUGUGACACUGGUGGUGGCCUACAUCAUGACCGUGACCGGUCGGGGUUGGGUAGAGUCCCUAGCAGCAGUGAGGGCAGCACGGCCAUGUGCAGGACCCAACCUGGGCUUCUUACGUCAGCUGGAGGAGUUUGAGAACACAGAACUGAAACAAUAUCAGAACUGGUGGAAGACACAUUAUGGGAAACAGUCACUCCAUGAUGAAGAGGAAGUUGGAAAACUCUUAAUGCACAGAUCUGAAGGCAACGGCAGUGCCUUCCCAACCAUCAUUACAAAAACUCUGGCCACGAGUGGCUCGUGAAAGUCACAAAGUCCUCCACUGCCACUCUUUUGGACUCUCAUUAUUACCACUACACAUCGGUGUAUGCCGUCUUGGGAACAGAGUAAUUGGACCACAACAAAGUAUUGAAUAAGAUGUUGUCCAAGCUUGCAUGUCAAUUCAUGGGAGUUAUACGAGUCCAUCAACUAAAGACUACUGGCAAUCUUUUGACCCUUCCCUAAACAAUAGCACUCCUGAUAACCUUAAAGGGGACCUAUUAUGCUCAUUUUUGUCGCUUUUUAUUGAGUUGUGGACUUUGAAUUAAAUUGUGCAGGGUUGGUCAAGUGAUGUUUUUUUUAAUACAACUUGUUAAGCAUGUUAAAAAACAAACCCUGACAACGAUCAGACUAUACUACACUUGAGAUCAUUGCUAUUGGUGUGUGGAUCACACCAAUAGAUCCCCCGCCAAGUAACUAGUCUGUGCUUAGGUCGGCAUAUUUUGUAGAGCCGAAACUUAAUUUAUAUUUUGUCAUAUCGUAAAGGCAUUGCAAUAAAAUGUGGGGAAUUCUUUUCCACACCGUCAGUCCCAUGACAAGACAUCUUCUUGGUCCUAACUGUCAAAACAACACGCAAGGGCAGUCAAGCAUAAAACCACGGGAAGAAAAAAAAGUUUUGUAUUUAUAUGUGUGUGUGUGUGUAUAAUUUUCUUUUUAAUAUAUAAGGUGUGGAGAGUCAAUGUGAAUUUUGAAGCACCCCCCCCCUCCCCAAGUUGCCUUCACAAAAUAUGAGCAUUUUUCAUUGAUGGAAAUUGAUGAUGGAUUUUAUACAUUUGUGCAAAAUAUAAAUACACAUUUUUGUAUUUACUUGGAAUUGUUUCAUCAUUGAUUUGGUUUUUAUAAAACAGAAGUGGAAAAUCAAUAAACUGAAACAUAUUUUAA